UGGGCAUUCAAAAAUCAAAGAGCUCCACGUGCGGCGGCUUGCAUCACAAUUCGGGUAGAAAAGGAAGCGUCGACCUCCCUUGCAACAGACGACAGGCUCUCUUUGCAAUUCUAAAUUACUUUCUUCUCAACCUAGUAGACCGGUUUCUAGACAAGGAACACACAAUCGCAAACUAGCGAGUGCAUUGAUCAGAUCCCGAAGCGGACUCACACAUCUACAACCAAAGAUGGCUUUGGACCAAGACACAGUGCUGGACCUCCAGCGUCAAAUCAGCAGCAUGAAGACCCAAAUUGGCUCCUCGGUCUUUGACACCUACCAGACUUCCCUGACGGGCCGCUACUGCUCGCCGGAAAUGUCGCAACUCUUCAGCCAGCGCAGCCGACACAGCACGUGGCGGAAGCUGUGGCUUUAUCUCGCAGAGGCAGAGAAAGAGCUAGGAAUUGAGACAAUCAGCGAAGAGGCGCUCAAACAGAUGAGGGAGAAUCUGAUGGUUACGGACAAGGAUUUCGAGAUUGCGAGAGUCGAGGAGAAGAAGAGGAGGCAUGAUGUUAUGGCUCACGUGCAUGCUUUUGGAGAGGUUGCGCCGAGCGCGGCGGGUAUCAUUCACUACGGUGCGACCAGCUGCUACGUGACCGACAACACCGAGCUCAUCCUCAUGCGCGAUGCCAUGGACAUUCUCCUCCCCAAGCUCGCCAAAGUCCUCUCCAACCUCUCCAAGUUCGCCCUGCAAUGGAAAUCCGAGCCCACUCUCGCCUACACGCACCUGCAGCCCGCCCAGCUCAUCACCGUUGGCAAGCGAGCCGCUCAAUGGGCCCAGGACCUCCUCUUCGAUCUCGAAACCAUCGAGCACGUCCGCCAGACACUCCAAUUCCGCGGUGCCCAAGGCACAACCGGAACCCAAGCCUCCUUCCUCGAGAUCUUCAACAACGACUCCCAAAAGUGCGACUCGCUAAACGAUCUCCUAUGCAAGAAGACCGGCUUCCCCAGCUGCUACCCCGUCUCCACACAGACAUACACGCGCAAAGUCGACCUCGUCAUCGCCAACGCCGUAGCCGGACUCGGCGCCACCGCCCAGAAAAUCACAGGCGACAUCCGCCACCUGGCCGCAUGGAAGGAACUCGAAGAGCCCUUCGAAAAGGACCAAAUCGGCUCCUCAGCCAUGGCCUACAAGCGCAACCCCAUGCGCUCGGAGCGCAUCUACUCGCUGUCGCGCGAACUCAUGUCCAAGCCCGCGAGCUUCGCCAACACGCUGUCCGACCAGUGGAUGGAGCGCACCCUCGACGACAGCGCAAUCCGCCGCAUCGACAUCCCCGAGAUGUUCCUGCUCGCCGACGCUAUUCUUCUCUCCCUCGACAACGUCACUUCCGGCCUCGUCGUCUACCCCAAGCGCGUCGACGCCCGCGUCCAGGAAGAACUGCCCUUCAUGAUCACGGAAUCUAUCAUCAUGCGUCUUGUGGCUAAGGGCGAGUCGCGCCAGGAAGCUCAUGAGCAGAUCCGUGUCCUGUCCCACCAGGCAGGCAGCCAGGUUAAGAACGAGGGAAAGAGCAAUGACCUCGUCGAUCGUAUCCGCAGCACCGACUUCUUCAAGCCCAUCUGGGCUGAUCUGGACGCCAUGUUGGACUCGAAGCUGUACACUGGCCGCAGCGAGCAGAUUGUGGAGAAGUUCUGUGCUGAGCUCGACGGGAAACUCGGGGAGUACAAGGCGUAUAUUGAGAAGGCGGGUGUGGCGGAGCUUAGCGUGUAGACAGACGGAGGGUAGACAUGUAUGUUUCCAAGGAGAAGUUUUUCGUUCGUGUGCUUCGGGAUUUUCAACAACCAGGCUGUGUUUGGCACAGAGGAUUGGAGGGGAGUAUAACAAAAGUGAUGCGUUUAUGAGUAACGGUUAUCAGAGUUGAGAAUCAUGAUAUGACAAGAUGAGGCGCCGCUUUCCUCUUCCUACCCUGUACCUCCGUGUGAAAUAUGAACCCCAACAGCAGUCCAGCC